AUUGGGUGUGGGGUCGAUCAGGGUGUGGGAUCGAGAGGAGGACAACAUCGGAAUGCCAGCUAAUCAGGAUAAGGAUGUAGGAACCAAUGAAGUGCAGGAGAAAGAACGCCAAGGCAACAGGGUGAGGAAAGCGGGUCGUGUAGGGGGAUCUGGACAAGGUGGGGAAGAAGAGAUUGCAAGGCAGGAAAAGGGGCUCAGCGCGGAGGGAGGGGGAACAGGUUGUAAGGAAAGGACGAAGGGUCGGAAUCUGGAGAGGGAUGGGUUAACUGUGGAUAUGCAGGUGAUGGAGGAGGAGAGCAAUGAAGAGAGAAAGAGCGACGGACGAGAGCAAGAGAGGAAUGGACAAACCAGAUCCCCAGGGGCCACAUCGGGUAUUGGAGGAGCAGGAGCUCAAAGAGGAUCUCGACGGAGGAGAGAAAGGCGUGGAGAGAGACGGGAAGAGAGAGGCUACAGACUCAGGACAAGGAGAGAAGAGGGUGGGGAAAAGCAGAUUGCUGGGGGGAGGUCGGGAGGGGGAUGGAGGGCACAAGUUGAAAGAUGGAAUCGAGCAGGUGGAAGGGAGGCAAUGGAGAAGGAAGACAGAGACAAAUUCGAGAGGAACUAGAGAGUGUGCGUGUGUGUGUGUCACACACAGACACACACACACACACACACACACACAGAGAGAGAGAGAGAGAGAGAGAGAGAGAGAGAGAGAGAGAGAGAGAG